CCCCGCCUCCAAACCCUAGCACGCAUGGGGGGCUCGCGGCGCAAGUUCAAGCGCUCCCGCACCAAGGUGCGCGUCGGGUUGCCGCGCAAGAAGCCGCGCGAGUUCAAGCCGGCCUUCGACCUGCCCGAGGCGCUCGCCGCCUCCGCCGCCGCCGCCGCCAAACAUGACGGCGGCCAUGCCCCGAGCUGGGACGCGGAAGGCACCGUGGUGAAGAACUACGCCGCCUUCGGGGUGGUGUCCAACCCUAACCUGCUCGGCGCUCACUCCCGCGGCACGGCGCGCCUCGUCCAGAGCGAGGACCUGCAGAACCCCAAACUCGAAGAAAUUCGCGCCGCCACCGUCGAGUUCGGGCACAUCGACAACGGAAGCGAAGACGAGUGCGAUGAUCUAAAAUCUGCACUUGGGAAGAAAAGGAGGGAUGGCAAAUCUGCGCCUUUGGAGCCGUUGACUAAAGUUCAACGUAUUUGUAUUGGCAGAUUAAUAGAGAAGUAUGGUGAUAACUACAAGGCCAUGUUCAUGGAUACCAAGCUGAACGCGAUGCAGCACUCAGUAGGUACAUUGAAGAAGCUCUGCGAAAGAUACCAUGUUUGUGGCAAGAGUUUCCUCUAUCCUUUGUAGUGUCGUACGGAAUAUCUAGAUUUCACUUCAAUAUGUAUCUUGUUUCUCCCUGCGGGGGCAUGAAAAUUUUGCAUAUGAACAAUGUAACCAUCUGAUGACUUCAAUAUAAGAAUGAGUGUUUCCUCGAGUAAAA